AAUACACCACCAACUAUUACCAAACGUGAAUCUGGGUUCGAUUAUGAUUUAAUUAAGGACAUGUUAAAUAUUGGACAUAUCGUACAAUUAAACCAUAUAAAUGAUAGAAAAUUUGCAUGUCAAGUUCAGAUA